UUAGCAUAUUCUGUUGUUUGGUACGUGAACCACUGAAACGGCAUUUUUUAAUUUUCUGUUUCGUUUCUCUAGACAUUCAGUUGGCAAAGAGGAGAGAGCGGAGACACCCUGCUUUUCUUCUGUCUCCGACGGCUCAAUGACCGUGUUAUUGUCGGCGGCUCCCUUGGCAAUCCUUUUCCUCACGUUUCUGCUUCUGAGGCCGCACUCGAUAUGGCCGGCGACAGUCGGAUCUGAUCCCCAAGUUUCCCUUCCAGCGAGGCCAGGGUAUCCAUUCAAGAUCGCUCUGUUCGCCGAUUUGCACUUCGGAGAGAAUGCGUGGACCGACUGGGGGCCCCGCCAGGACGUGAGCUCCGUGAAUGUUAUGUCCACCGUGCUUGACGAUGAAACUCCUGAUUUUGUUGUGUAUCUUGGAGAUGUCAUAACGGCGAAUAACAUUCCAAUAGCAAAUGCAAGCUUGUACUGGGAUCAAGCUCUCUCUCCAACAAUAUCAAGGGGCAUUCCCUUCGCUAGUGUCUUUGGAAACCAUGACGAUGCCCCAUUCGAGUGGCCAUUGGAGUGGUUUUCAGCCCCAGGCAUUCCUCCGGUUCACUGCCCUGUUGCAAAUUCAUCAUUUUCAGGAGAUUGCAGCUUCAGAGGAAUACAGCGUUUGGAGCUCAUGAAGAAUGAGAUAGAGCAGAAUGCGCAGUCCUUCUCUAGUAAGGGUCCAGUAGACCUUUGGCCAAGCAUAUCCAAUUACGUUCUUCCGAUCUCGCCAACGAAUAAUUCUCGGUCCCCUGUAGCAUACCUUUACUUUCUCGAUUCUGGCGGUGGAUCCUAUCCAGAAGUAAUAUCAAACGCCCAAUCUGAAUGGUUCAAAACCCGAUCUCUAGAGAUCAACCCAGAUUCAAGGGUACCAGAGUUGAUAUUUUGGCACAUACCUAGUAAAGCUUAUGAAAAGGUGGCUCCAAGCAGUGGUGUACCUAAGCCUUGUGUGGGUUCAAUCAACAAGGAGACAGUUGCUUCUCAAAAAGCUGAGACAGGGAUCAUGGACAUUCUUGCGAACCGGACUUCUGUCAAGGCAGUAUUUGUUGGACACAACCAUGGACUGGACUGGUGCUGCCCCGACAACAAGCUGUGGCUAUGCUAUGCCAGACAUACUGGGUACGGUGGCUAUGGCACUUGGGCUAGAGGCGCGAGAAUUAUUGAGAUAAAUCAACACCCUUUCUCUAUCAAGUCUUGGAUAAGGAUGGAGAAUCACGAUGUACACAGUCAAGUUGAUUUGAGUUCUUAAAAGCGUUUGAUGUCCAGUGAAGAAAAGAAGGCCACAUGAUAAAGGACAGUGUUCUCAUGGACAAAUGUAUCUAGCUCUUAUAGAGAAUGCAUCGAAUUAUAAAUAGUUGAUUAUAUUGUGCUGAUUACCCAUUCAUGAUAA